AGUUUUAAUUUGUUUCAAUUGGUUAGCCCCUGACAUACCGGCUUCUAUGUUCACUACAUUGUCCGUGGUGCUUUGCGGCUGCUUUGCGACAUUUUCAAACAUUUUACGUUGUGACGCACAGGUUUACGUCUAGUUUACGUCUAGUGUACAGUUUCAGUCUCUUUGGAAAAGUGGAGCGAAAUGUUCAACAAGAAGCCCAGAAGAAACUUUCGGCAGAGGAAAGACAGCUCCAGUGACGACGAGGACCAACAGAAGAACAGCGGUGAUGGAGACAAAGACCAGGAAGCUUCUCCAGCUGUGGUAAAUAAACCAUCUAAAGUGGCACAGGCCCGCGGCAUCUCAUGCAGCUCAAAGCGGGAAGCGACGCCUCCGAAGCCGGAUAGCAGUGACGGAGAAGACGGGGAGACCUUGGAAGUGACAGAAGAAGGAGGGGAGAAGAAGAAAGAUGGGCUUAAGAAGAAAACAAACUCCAUUCUUAGCUUCUCUGACGAUAAAGAAGCUGGAGAAUCAACAUUUAAAUUGAAGAAGUCAUCAGAUAAAGCCGUGCUGUUCCAGGUUAGGAAGAAGGAGGUUCCACCUGCUAAGACAACCCAUAGCAAAGCCUCAGGUGGUCGAGGUGUCCCAUCAUCUAGUUCUCCCAGGAAAGAUUAUGGCAGUCAGACUUCACCACAGUCUCUGCACAGUCUGGAUAGUGAUGAGGAUGAUGAUGAUGGUGGUGGUAAUGUUGACGAUGACAAUGGCAGUGAUGAAGGAGGUGGCAGGUCUCCCUCAGCUAGCUCAGCCUCAGACUCCAGCUGCUCUGCCACUGAACGAGUAAUUAUCCCUAAUGCCGAAGCGAUCGAGGCAGCCAGGAGGCAGCGUCGUGCCACUCGAGCCCGGAAAGAGUACAUUCCCCUGGGUAGAGAUGGCCAGAGCUCGGCUGGCAGCACUCCAGAUCACUACAGCAGGGAAGAUGAAGAUGAAAGAGUCGAUGAUGACGAUGAUGAGCCAGAUGAUCAUGAGAGAAGAAUUGAGUUUGCCCCACGAUUAAAAAGCAUCAGGGAGAGGAUUGCUGAAAAGCUUGGAGGAAGUGAUGGCAGUCUCUCAGGAUCUAAUGAGGAAGAGCAGGAACUUUGGGAGGAGACACAAAUUGGGAAAGGAGUCAAGAGACGACCAGGUGAACAGAGCCCAUCUGGCAGUGAGUCCAGCAGCUACAGCAGCUGUAGCAGCAGCAGGCGAAACAAAGGAAGACCAAAGAAGAGAUCAGCAGGGGUCAGAAUCCCGAAGACUCUUCCACCCAUCACCGUCUCAAUGGUCAAGAGAAGGAUCACUGGACAACUGGACUCCUUGAAAGAGGUACACAGGGCACGGCAGGCAGACCUGAGGAGGAUGGAGGGCGACGUUGAGAGUGCUAAAACCUCCUUGGAGAACCUGGAGGAAAAUUCAUCAGAGCACCAGCUGAAGUUUUACAGGACUAUGACCCUCUAUGUCCACAACCUGGUGGAGUGUCUGCAGGAGAAGAUUGUUGAGAUCAACUCUUUGGAACUGGACUUGCACACUCUGCUGUCUGACCAUAUGGACGUCCUGUUGGCUCAGAGACGAGAGAAGAUUAAGGAGCAGGCUGAUGGCCUGCAGCAGCUCAGCUAUAGCACAGAUGAGAGGAGUGGAAUCUCAGCCAAUGGAACAGAAACUCAGAGUGACCUUGGUACUGGUGUUAAAACUGAAGAUGACUUUCUACCUGAAGACACAGAGCCUUCGCCUGAGGACGAAGAACAGCUGCAAAAGAAAAUAGCUGAUAUCCUGUUGAAGUCCCAGGCCGUGUUUUCUGACGUCCAAGAUGACUUCUACAACGUUAAAAAGAUCCUGUCUCGCUUUGAAGAGUGGAGAGGAUCCUACUCGGAGUCCUACCACAACGCCUACAUCUCUCUGUGUCUGCCCAAACUGCUGAACCCCAUCAUUAGGCAUCAGCUUCUGCCAUGGAACCCUUUAAAGGAUGUCAGCGGAGACUUUGAAAACCUCCCAUGGUUCACAGCAGUGGAGACCUUUUGUCACGGACAUGGCCAUGAGGAGCUUGAGCACACAGACAGACAGACGCUUUCUAAUAUCAUAGAAAAGACUGUUGUCCCCAAAAUAACUGCUUAUGUGGAGCUGGUGUGGGAUCCCGUAUCCCAAAAACAGUCAGUCUGCCUGUCUGAUGUUUGUCACAGACUGAGGGAGGACUACUCCAUCUUCGAAGGAGAGCAGAGUAAGCCAGUCAAGACUUUCAUAGAAGCUGUGGUCCGCAAGCUGAGGAGCUGUGUAGACGAAGAUAUCUUCAUCCCCCUCUACCCCAAAAACCUUCUAGAGGACAAGUCGUCUCCUCAGCGUCACUUCAGGGAUCAGCAGUUCUGGACGGCUGUAAAGCUGCUAGGUAACAUGGGGAAGUGGGACUUGCUCCUUCCUGAGUCUCUGUUGAAGGAACUGAUGUUGGACAAACUGCUGAACCGCUACCUGAUGAUCACCUUGUGCAGUCAGACACUGUCCACCAAUGCUGCAUGCGGAAAGAUAGCAGACAGUCUGCCACUCUCAUGGUUCAAAGGAGAGAGUGUGUGUUUGCCUCAGCUCCACAAUUUUAGAAAUCACAUAGUUCAGAACGUUCAUACCAUCUGCAAACAGCAGCCUCCUGAAGAUCCAAAGACCAGGUCUGCUGUGGUUGAACUUCUGAAGGUUCUAAGUAAAAUCAGGUGUCACGACUCCAUCAUGGCCAUAGCAGAGAAAUACCACUAUGAAGAUGUCAUCUACUCUCACCAGCUGCUGAACCAGGAGACAGUAUAAGCAACAGAUGCUGACUGGAAGAUGAAUCAAACUGAAACAGCAGGAGUGUGUGUGUGAUUUAGGGGCAUCAGCUAAAUGUACAAAUGAUAAAGAUUAACUGUGGGGGUAAAUUAAUUCACCUUUCUACAAUUUUUACUCAUGAACAUUUUGUGGUCUUGUACAGGAAAUAACUGUCUAUUUUUAUGAAUAAAUAUUUGAAUUUUGCUAAAA